UUUGAGGCACAAACCCAACUCAUCCAAAAUCUGUUUUAGUUCCACCAUGACACAUCCCAUUUUAUUGCUUGGACUUCUGAUGGCAGCCUAUUUUAGUGUUUCUCAAGGUGAAAAUGCCUUCUCACAUUAUUGGGAAGAGCAUAUUGGUCUUCCACGCCCUCCACAUUGGUUAACUGCAAAGGCUUCUCCAUUAAGCCUCCAUCAAACUUUAAAGUUUAUGAAAUUUAUGGAGGAAAAUGAAUUGCCUUCCCAUCUACGUUCGUUUUGUAAGCAAGCUAAUAUUGCUUGUUCUACAAAUGCACUAUUGAAUAAGGCAAUGAAUGACACAACUUUACCGCCAGUAGCCCGAUGGAAUUUUGCCAAAUUGAAAUAUGAUUCUCCAAAUGAAAUGCCCCUAUCAGUUGCCAGCCAAGGGGGAUUGCCAUAUUUCCGGGAGUCAAUGGUGAAAAAAGGAGGUUUUAUGCCUAUCCCUGAUCUAAGGGACCCAAUGUCAUAUAAAUCAUUCUUGCCGCGACUUCUGGCAUCAAAAAUCCCAUUUUCCUUUGCUCGGAUUGAGGAAUUGAAGAGUCUAUUGGGUGUAGUAAAUGAAUCAAACAUGGAUGAGUAUAUUCAAAACACUCUCCAGCUAUGUGACAAAAGGUUGAUUCUAGGUGAGCAAUGCAUGACUUGCGCAACUUCUGCUGAGGAUCUCAUUGAUUUUGUUGUUAAGAAAUUAGGGCAUCGUGUACUUAUAUGGAGUACUGAGAGUGUUGAAGGAUCUUAUGAGAAUGUCAAAAUUGGAGCUGUGAAACUCAUCUAUGGAAACCUUUCUGAACCACCAGCCUUAUGUCAUAGUCUGCCAUUCCCAUUUCAAGUCUAUUAUUGUCAUGUUCUUCGAAAAGUAAAAUUAUAUGCCGUCGAUAUACAUGCUCGGAAGAAAGUGAAUCAUGCGAUCAUGGCAUGCCACUAUGACACAUCAACCUGGAAUUCAAACCAUCUUGCAUUUAAGCUGUUGGGUUUUGGUCCAGGCCUAAUUGAAGUUUGUCACUGGAUAACUGAGAAUGGAGUGGUUUGGACAAAGGCUCAAGAUUGAGCAGCAUUUGAAGAUUUGAUUAACUUCUACUUCUAUUGUUUGUGUUGCAUGUUAUUGCACAUUAUGCUAUUUCAGGGAUAAAUAAUGACCUAUCUUGGCUUA